UCUCGAGACUUGAGAAACCAAGCGUCGUAUUGUACAGUAUACGGUAGGUGAAGCCAGUACCUGUUCUACUUGCCCAUUAAAUAAUCUGUCCCGCCAAACUCCAUGCAUCGAGCUUCUCCCUAUUUCUGUCCUAGUGGAACGGCAGUCGUUUACUCGAGCAACACUUGGAUGAAGAAGAUUGCCGGUGAGUUGGAGAAUCUCCAGAAAGAAGCACUGUGACAAAGCAUGGACAUAGCGAAUUAGAGAAGGUCACCAAAAAGUUCACUAGUCGAAUUAGACUUGGGGAGUUUGGUAUCGUCAACAAGAAAACAAAAUGGCGGAGUCACUCCUUCUCGCGCUCACGAAAGUGAGUUACUACUUAGCCGAACAAGCCGGUUACAAGCUAACUGAAGAAAUAAGAAAGCUGAGGGACCUUCCAAGUAAGGUCGGGAAAAUUGAGCGGGAACUGAGGAUGAUGAAUGCAGUCGUACGGCACAUUGACACGGCCGACACGAACGAGCUCCUCAAGGAAUGGAUAGUGGACGUGAGGAAGCUGGCGUACCGUGUGGAGGAUGUCAUGGACAACUUCACCCAUCAUGCUCUUGAGCUCGAGGGAGAGUCCUUCAUGAUGAGACAGGCCAAGAAGAUAUACUUCAGCAAGCUUUUCAGUGCAAUGGCAUCUGACAUAAUCCAGAUAGAUGAAGACAUUCAGCAUGUUACGGCCCUGAGAGAACGGUAUGUGCAUGUUGACCUGACUCAACAACAGAUGCAAGCCCCCCAAGAUGAACUGUUGCCUCAAGUCCGGUUCCCGCAGUUUGUAAAUGAUGAAGAUCUGGUGGGGAUGCAACCAUACAAGGUCCCGCUGACACAGUGGCUGCAGUCGGCAGAACCAGAUGGAACAGUGAUAACAGUGUGCGGUAUGGGAGGACUGGGAAAGACCACCCUCGUCGCAAAUGUGUAUGAGCGGGCCAAGAGCGAGUUUCAGGCCCAUGCAUGGAUUGCUGUGUCCAAGACAUACGCGCCGGACGCUCUGCUGAGGACACUGAUUCGGAGUGUUGGUGAGGAUAAGCAAGAGCAGCUGGGGAAUGACAAGAACAUCCAAGAUCUGAGAGCAGUACUGAACAAGAAGCUCAAGGAACACAAUACCAUCCUAGUACUGGAUGAUGUAUGGGACCAACGUGUGUUUCUGGACAUACAGGACGCAUUCAAAGAUCUUGAAACAAGCCGUGUUGUGAUCACGACAAGGUCCGAUGAUGUGGCCUCUCUUGCUAAUCCAGCUCGCCGGCUUAAACUGCAACCCCUGGAAAGCAGUGAUGCAUCUGAGCUCUUCAGAAAGAGGGCAUUUGCCAAGAACAGAGACCACAAGUGCCCCGACCAUCUCAAGGAGCUCGCGGAAAAUAUUGUCAUGAGAUGCCAAGGCCUGCCACUGGCGAUCGUGUCCAUCGGCAUCCUGCUGUCUUCGAGGAAGCAGAUAAAGCCUGUGUGGACGCAGGUUUAUAACCAGCUUCGAUACCAUCUGGCCAAGAACGAUGAUGUGCGAGGGAUUAUAAACCUGAGCUACCGCGACCUGCCUCCCGAGCUCCGAAACUGCUUCCUGUACUGCAGUAUGUUCCCGCAGAAUUGGUAUCUGGCACGGAGAAGCCUUGUCCUGCUGUGGGUUGCAGAAGGAUUCGCCGUGAGAGAAGACCAGAGCACGGCAGAAGAGGUGGCUGAGGGGUACCUGGAGGAGCUGAUACGGAGGAACAUGCUGCAGCUCGUGGAGACGGAUGAGCUAGGCAGGGUGAACACAUGCAAGAUGCACGACAUAGUGCGCGACCUGGCUCUUUCCAUUGCCAGGAACGUGAGGUUCGGCGCAACAAAUAACUCCUCUGAAGCCAUCUCAACAAUGGAUACUGAGAUAGUUCGUCGCCUGUCCAUGAGUGGAGACACGUAUAUCAAUCAGAAGAAGGGGCUGCCGCAUCUCCGCACCCUGAUAGCACAUGGAAGAAGCCCUGCAUCGUCCCCGGACGCAAUAUGGCCAGUUCUGCUCAAGUCCAAGUUCAUAACUGUUCUCGAGCUGCAGGAUUCCAAUAUCACUCUGGUGCCACCGUCCAUUGGGGACCUAUUCAAUCUGCGAUACAUCGGCUUAAGAGGGACUGCAAUCAAGAUGCUACCAGAUUCUAUUGAGAAGCUGCUGAAUCUGCAGACCCUGGAUGUGAAAUCAACUGGCAUAGAAAGGCUGCCACGAGGGGUCGCCAAGGUGAAGAACCUAAGGCACCUGCUAGCCGACCGUUCUGACGACGACAAGGAUCUGGAGUUCACGUGCCUGGGAGUGGCUGCACCAAGAGCUCUAUCAAACCUGGAGCAGCUGCAGACUCUCGAGACAGUCGAAGCAAGCAAUGACUUAGCAGAGCAACUCGAGAAGCUGAUGAGACUGGAGAGCCUGUGGAUCGACAACAUCAGCGCGAACCAGUGCGCGGAACUGUUCGCUGCGGUGUCCAGGCUGCCUCUUCUCUCGAGCCUGUCGCUCGCCGCGAGUGGCCAAGACGAGGAGCUCUCCUUCGAAGCUCUCCAGCCAACGUCCAGCAAGCUCCAGAGGCUGAUCGUGAAGGGGCUCUGGGCCACCGCGACUCUGGACUGCCCCAUAUUCAAGGAUCACGGAGGGAACCUCAAGUACCUGGACAUGAGUUGGUGCAACCUCGGGGAAGAUACACUCAAGGAACUUUCAUCUUACCUGCAAAACCUCACUCACCUGAAUCUCAACAGGGUGAACAGCGCGAAGCAUUUGGUUAUCCCUGCAGCCGUUUUCCCGCUCCUCAAGACGCUUUCGCUGCAGGAUAUGCAUGACGUCGUCAAGCUAACGAUAGAAGCUGGCGCCAUUCCGACGAUCCGAGCGUUGUAUCUUAGGUCGAUGCCGAAGCUGGGGAUAAUUCCUGAUGGCAUCGAGUCCCUUGACUCCCUCAAGAAGCUUUGGAUGGUUGGCCUGCACCCCGAGUUCAGUGCGCGGUGGAAGAAGAAGGAUGAGUGGCGUCAGAAGGUAAGCAAAAUCCCGGAGCUUCGCAUUAUCUAAGGGAGGCUCGAUGCACUCGAUCUACUCCUACGUACUACAAAGCAGGGUGCGCUCACAGUUCGCUCUUUCGGUGCAUGCUUCCGCACCUUUUACUUGUUCCUGUUGAGACUAUUCAUUUCCAUUUGUUUGUUUUCAUGCUUCCGUUGCCGGACUCUUUGUAAGGAUAUUUGCCAUGUUUAAUUAUUUUGUCAAUAAUAAGCGAGGGACUUGUCCUUGCUUGACCUACCAUUUCCCCAGUGAGCUCUAUUGCAUGGAACGUCCCCAAAAACCUAAUACCCUCUGGCGGCGAUUAGGGUUAGGUGGACUUGACAGCGCCGCUGAACUCAUCGGCAGGACACACCAGCGAGCACGGGCAUGAUGGCAACAUCAUCAGCCGGCAAAGGAUGGAAGCACAGCGGCGCUCUCUCACCUCGUUCUGCGCAAGUUCAGAUGGAGGAGUCACUGGGAAAGUUGGACAUCUCCGAGGAGGAGACGACGCCUCUCGUGAUUGACGACGACGCACCUACGAAGUGGCUGCUGGCGGGGAAGGUUAUGUACCGCAAUCUUCUUCACAUCCAAACAACAUGCAACGCCCUCCGUCCAGCAUGGGGCAACCCUAGGGGCUUGAAUUUUCGCCCACUGGGAGAGAACUUGUUUGCGGCCGACUUUGAAUUGAAGCGAGCCCGAGAUCGUGUUUGGGAAGGGGCACUUUGGCACAUUAGUAAACAUGUGG